GGAAGGGGGCUGCUGACUGUGAGGCCUCCUGAGCUCCAGUAGGGGAAAGCCUAGGGUGGGUUGUGAGCAGGUGGGUUCAGCUGAUGCCCCCAGAACAGGGAGCAAAGAAGACAAAAGGAACCCAGGCAUCCGGCCGGGCAUAAAGGGAAUCUCCCACGAUGCCAAAGACCUUCACACCUCCAGUGCUCCUUCUAGCAGGUGAACGAUUGGGGGCUCCCUGUGGAGCAGUGGGGGUUAGCAUAGUGAUGGUGUGGGGAGGAGAGAGACCCAGAUCAGCUGUGCUCUAAAAUUGUGGUUUGGGAAUCAGAAGGCUAUCUUGACCUCCACAUUAAGGUGGAGUGAAGUAAAGGUAAAGGGACCCCUGACCAUUAGGUCCAGUCGUGGCUGACUCUGGGGUUGCGGCGCUCAUCUCACUUUAUUGGCCGAGGGAGCCGGCAUACAGCUUCCGGGUCAUGUGGCCAGCAUGACUAAGCCACUUCUGGCAAACCAGAGCAGCGCAUGGAAACGCCGUUUACCUUCCCGACGGAGUGGUACCUAUUUAUUUACUUGCACUUUGACGUGCUUUCGAACUGCUAGGUUGGCAGGAGCAGGGACUGAGCAACAGGAGCUCACCCCGUUGCGGGGAUUCGAACCGCCAACCAUCUGAUCGGCAAGUCCUCGGUUCUGUGGUUUAACCCACAGCACCACCAGCGACCUCCACAUUGCACAGUUGCAAAUGUCUCUGAUUGGGGUGAAAACCCGCAAUGGUUACUGUGUGUUAUUGGCUCGUUCCUUGACCUGAAUCUCUUGCCUCUUCUCUCCCCCUCACCUCCCUCAGCCCAUAUCUUGUUUUCUUCCUUUGUGUUUCUGGAAGCGGACCAGAACUUCACCCUCCUCAUCACCGUCCAGCCCUGGUUCCCCCAGGUAGGAGGGGAGGUCUUGCUGAUUCCGGAAGAGAGCAAGGAGAAGGUGGACACCUGCAGCUGGUUCCGGUGGGAUACGGCUGAGAAGAAUCAGAUCUUGGUUUAUCAACCGCCUCCAGUGAAAGAUGUUCAGUACAAAGCCUCGUAUACUGGGCGGGAGUCUGUGAACACGGAUUGCUCCUUGCAGAUCAGGAACAUAUCAAUCUCAGAUAUCACGUACUAUGUAAUGCAAAGAAACACUACUAAGGAGUCAGAAGUGGGGCAGAUAUUCUUAGUGGUCAUAGGUAAAUGUUUCACAUGCCCCUUCUUAACCUACACAAUCUUUCUUCCCCUCUUGAUAUCUCUCUACAGACACGCACUGCAUGAUGAUAUCAUCUGGUGUGUCAAUGAUGCUUAUUGUGUCUUGAAUCUGAAUAGGUAUUUUGGUUUCGUAUAUUUAGCAGUUGGGCUGCAGCUCAGUGUAUCUAUCUGGUACGCAGGCUGAGACCCUACCUGCCCGCAGACUGUCUUGCCAGAGUGGUGCAUGCUCUGGUUAUCUCCUGCUUGGACUACUGCAAUGAGCACUAUGUGGGGCUACCUUUGAAAGUGACCCGGAAACUUCAACUAAUCCAGAAUGCGGCAGCUAGACUUGUGACUGGGAGUGGCCACCAAGACCAUAUAACACCGGUCUUGAAAGACCUACAUUGGCUCCCAGUACGUUUCCGAGCACAAUUCAAAGUGUUGGUGCUGACCUUUAAAGCCCUAAAUGGCCUCGGCCCAGUAUAACUGAAGGAGCAUCUCCGCCCUCAUCAUUCAGCCCGGACACUGAGGUCCAGCCCCGAGGGCCUUCUGGUGGUUCCCUCACUGUGAGAAGUGAGGUUACAGGGAGCCAGGCAGAGGGCCUUCUCGGUGGUGGCGCCCACCCUGUGGAACGCCCUUCCAUCAAAUGUCAAGGAAAUGAACAACUAUCUGACUUUUAGAAGACAUCUGAAGGUAGCCCGGUUUAGGGAAGGUUUUAAUGUUUGAUGUUUGAUUGUGUUUUUAGUAUUCUGUUGGGAGCUGCCCAGAGUGGCUGGGGAAACCCAGAUUGAUGGGCGGGUAUAAAUAAAUUAUUAUUAUUAUUAUUAUUAUUAUUAUUAUUAUUAUUAUGUUCUGCAUGUAUUAGGUUUACUAUUUAUUAGGGGACAGGUGGUAGCUCAAUGGGUAGAGCAUUGGCUUGGCACGCAGAAGGUCCCAGGUUCAAUCCUGGCUUCUCCAGGUAGGGCUGGGGAAGACCUGGCUGGAACCCUGAAGAAUUCAUAGAAUCAUAUAAUUGUAGAGGUGGAAGAGAUCCUGAGGGUCACCUAGUCUAGGAAUCUUUUUGCCCAACAUGGAGCUCGAAUCCACAACCCUCAUAGUCUCAUUAAGCACCUCAUAGUCUACCGACUGAGCUAUCUUGUUGAGUCAGUGCUGAGCUAGUUGGACUGACUCAUAGAAUGACAGAGUCAGAAGGGACCCCGAGGUUUAUCUUCUCCAACCCCCUGUAAUGCAGGUGACCCGUAUGGGGAUCGAACCCACGACCUUGGUCUCCUCAGUACCACACUCUAGCCAACUGAGCUAUUUCAACAGAAAGCAGCCUCUUUUGUUUCUUGGAGAGGAUGAUGUGCUUGGGUUCAGCUGAACGAAAAGAAUAAGGAGAACUGUAAGCAGGAGGAAGAUAUAAUUUAAGCAACUGAAUCUGUGUAGGACCAUAGGAAACUGGCGGUCCUUGUUCAUCUAGCCCAGGGCAAAUAGCAUGUCUCCAUCCUCAUCCAGGGAAGCAAGGGUUCAAAGGGCAAGGAUGGAGAAGUGGGUUGGCGAGGGUUACAGCCAAGAGAGGAGGUGUGGCCUGAGGACCAGGAAGAGAAGCUUGGAGGGACGCAAAUUGCUCACCCCCCCAACCUAGACAUGGAACUUUCUCUGCUCACACUCUUAGCCUUGAGACCGUACCACGUAGUGAGAAAAGAGGGGGGUUUUGCCACAGCAAGCAUGGGAGAAACGGGAGGGGAACGAUCUUUUCAGAAACCAUCUUGCGCUGCCUCAGUGGCCCUGUUUGGUCUCCAGGACCGAUGGAAAGGAUGGGGGGAAAUGCCCUUGGUACCUGAGAUAAACAAGAGACAAGGAAUUACGGUUCUCCUUCCUACUUCUUACCUGACCUUUCUCUGUCUCUCCAGAAAAGCAAUCCGACAAGAAAAAAAGGACGAGCGUCUCUGGAGGAGCCGUUGCCGGGAUUUUUGUGGCUUGCAUAGUCGGGGCUGUCUUUCUUGUAGGCCUGAUUUCCUACACAGUCACACAAGGUUUUGUACGGUAAUGUAGAUAAUUUAACAGAAAGGGAGAGGGAGAAACAGAGAGAGAGAGAAAGAAAGAAUAUCAGACAGUACUUCCGGCAAAUUUGUCUUGGAUGCAGGUAGGAUCUGGGCCGGCUCACACAGGAUGCAAGGCGAGGCAACCGCCUCUGGUGGCAAGAUCCGAAGGGGCAGCAGAUGCAGCCUCUAAGGAAUUCAUGGUCUGGGACGCUCCUUGGAGGCUGGAUCUGCUGGCGCCUCAGCAGCAGCCCCCCUCAGGCUGCCUCUACAACAGCCUUUUGGCCAAUUGGAGGCACCUCCGGUCUUCUCCCGCCCUAGUUCCCCAUGUCAAUCUUUAUUCCACCCCCACCCCCCAUUUCUUAUGUAGAUUUUCGCUCUCCCCUUCUUCCCUGGCAGGGUGAGCGCACCAUUUCGUGGCAUGCCUCAGGUGCCAAAAUCUCUUGGGCCGGCCCUGAGUGGGAGGAUGCUGUUAAUCACUUAAACCAUGUAUUUAUUACAGUGACCAACAUAACCUUCAUUGGUUGCUCUGACUUUUUAAAAGUUACUUUUUCCAAGGUGAUAGCUAUAAACAGUGCUUUCCCCCCCCGGGGGGGGUACACAGGGGUACGCAAAUCCCUAAACAUUUUGUGAAACUAAUGGGAGAAGAAACUAAAAAUUUAAAUAAAAAUUAGUUUCUUCUCUAGCAUGGUGAAGCGUCAGUUUCUACCCCCGAUGGCGACAUUUUGACCAUUUACUGUAUUUAUCUUUCCCGAUUUGAACCAUAAAAUGGUGAUGUUCUUGAACCAAAAUGAGAGUACCCCUAAAUAUUUUUUAAGGAAAAAAGCACUGGCUAUAAAGCUAUGAGAAUGGCAGACCCUCCAAGUUUCCCUAUUUUCCAGGGACAGUCCCGGAUUUACAGAAGCCAUCCCGGUUUCUGAGUUGAUCCCGUUUUACCUCAGGACGGCCCUAUUUUCAUCGAAAAAAUGUUGGAGGGUAGGAGUUAUGAGACCCCCGAGCCAAGGUGAUAAAUAACCAUACAAUCUUUAGAAGACAUCUGAAGGCAGGCCUGCAUAGCAAACUUUUUUUAAAAAAAGUUUACUGUUUUAUUAUGUUUUUAAAUAUGUUGGGAGUUGGCUGGGGCAAUCCAAUCAGAUGGGUGGUGUAUAAAUAGUAAAAUUGUUGCUGCUGUUGUUAUGGAAUAGGGUUUCCCUAUUUUCAUAGGAGAAAUGUUGGAGGGUAUGGGAUGGGGUGCUCAGAAGACCUUCAUUUGCUGAAGCGCUGUGGGUUAACCCACAGAGCCUAGGACUUGCCGAUCAGAAGGUCCGCGGUUCGAAUCCCCAUGACGGGGUGAGCUCCCGUUGCUCAGUCCCUGCUCCUGCCAACCUAGCAGUUCAAAAGCACGCCAAAGUGCAAGUAGAUAAAAAGGUACCGCUCCGGCGGGAAGGUAAACGGCAUUUCCGUGCGCUGCUCUGGUUCGCCAGAAGCGGCUUAGUCAUGCUGGCCACAUGACCCGGAAGUUGUACGCCGGCUCCCUCGGCCAAUAAAGCGAGAUGAGCGCCGCAACCCCAGAGUCGGUCACGACUGGACCUAAUGGUCAGGGGUCCCUUUACCUUUAAAUGAUGCUGAGACUAUCCUCCGGGAGGAGGCUGUGUGAAGUCCAGGGGUCCAGCAUGUAUAUCCAGAAGUUCUCCCUCAGAGAAAUCCAAGACUGGAUGUUGACAUUGGCUGCCAGUUCAUUUCUGGGCCCAGCUCAAAGUGCUCACCUUAGUGUUUGAAGCCUUAAACGACACAGGCCCCCAAUGCUUAGUCCUCCACCUUCCCUACAGAUUCCCUUGGGUGUUAAAAUUGUCAGAGGGAGCCCUCCUGGUUGCUCCACCACCCUCAGAAACUCGGGAAGGUUGGCCCAAGAAAGGGCAGUCUCUAUGGCAGCUCCUAAGUCGUGGAACUUCCUCCCCAUUGAGAUGUGUCUGUCACCUUAAGUUUUCGGUGAAAGCAGAAGAUGAACCUCUUUGUCCUGCCUUUUGAUGCCUGAGAUGCACAUUUACAACCCACCUUAUUUCUCUUAUUGUACAUUGUUUUUAAUGUUGUGUUUUAAUUGUUGUAACCUGUUCUGGAACCUUAGGGUGAACGGGUGGUGUGGUGAUGGUGAAAUAAUAAUGGUGGUGGUGGUUCUGGUUUUCAGUCUAUGAUUGGUUCUCUUCCAGGUAAUAAAAAUAGCCAAUAGAGCAGAAAAUUCUUUGGAGCCAAGUCCGGAAUAGCUUCCUUGAGUUCCACGGAUUUUAUGUUCCCCAUCUCCCCAAGAAGAGAAGCUCCAUUUAUUUGAAAAUGAUGAUGGAAGAAUCAAGAACCCCUUGAUAAGCAUCAGCCUUUGUACCUAGCCCAAACCCAACAGGGCAGGGGAAAAGCACACCUUCAUGUCCACUGAUUAAAUUAAAAACAAAACAAGAAAACCCUCC